UAAUUGUCUGCUAAAAUAACUACUCAAAGACAUUUACAAAUUAAGAAGAUGUCUAGCGAUCAGGUAAAGAAUAUAGAGAUUUAUUCGGCUGGGGAAGUCCCGGCGAAGCAGCCACAUAACUAUGAGGCCAUUCUCAGAGACGCAGAUCAUCCAAUCUCUCUCUCCACUGAACAGCUACGUUCUGGUGUGUUCUUGAAGCCCGCGAGACUGAUUAAAUAUUGGGUGGACGAGAAAAACAGCAACUGCUUCAUGAUCUUUCCAAGGAACCUCUCUAUCACAUGGUCUGAUGACCCCAACUAUUGGACAUGGUCUCCAGAGUCACCAAAUGAGACUGUAGAAGCUGCGGAAUUAAGAAAUGUGUGUUGGCUCGACAUCACGGGAAAAUUCGACACAAGGAAUCUCACUCCGGGGAUAACGUACGAGGUGGUCUUUAAGGUGAAGCUAAAGGAUCCAGCCUAUGGAUGGGAAACGCCUGUGAACUUGAAGCUAGUCUUGCCUAAUGAGAAACCGAAGGAGCAAAAGGUGAAUUUGAGGGAACGACCGAGGUAUCAAUGGCUCGAUAUUACAAUCGGAGAGUUCAAGCCGGAGAAUUGUUCCGCCGGAGAGAUCACUUUCUCAAUGUAUGAGCAUGUGGCUGGCGUUUGGAAGAAAGGUCUCUUCCUCAAAGGUGUCGCAAUUCGUCCCAAAUAUAUUAAUUAAUUCGUCAUAUAAAAACAUUUAAAUAUCCAUAUGCACCAAUGGACUUUCCCUAUUUAAUUAUGUUUAUAUAUAUAUAUAUGUGGAAUGUGUGUGUUUGUAUGAUAAGUUGGUUGAUCUAUCGUGUUACUAGUUCAAUUGAUGUUGGUGUUUAAUAAAACAAAAAUGUGGAGUUGAUGAUAUUGUAAUGUUUUAAGUUUAAA